AUGGCCUUGGCAUCCACAAGUUUCCAUGGAGCCAAAUCCAUUGCACCACCAGUCACGGCGGCGGGAGCCACCGCUCUACGGCUGCCGGCCGACCGUUUUGCUCUAAGGUCGUCCUUCUUUUCACCAUCCAUCCGCCAGCUGAUGCCGCCGCCGUCUCAAGUCUUAAGUGUUCCGGCGACUGCCCCCAAAUUUUCCAUGCGACUGGCUUCCAAGCAAGCCUACAUUUGCCGUGAUUGUGGGUAUAUCUACAACGAUAGAACCCCAUUUGAGAAGGUGCCUGAUAAGUACUUCUGUCCUGUUUGUGGUGCCCCAAAGAGGAGGUUUAGGCCAUAUCAGCCAGCAGUGACCAAAGAUGCCAAUAGCACAGAGGUUAGAAAAGCCAGGAAAGCACAGAUUAAGAGAGAUGAAUCUAUUGGGCAAGCAUUGCCCUUUGCAGUGGCACUUGGAGCUGCAGCUUUGGCUGCUUUAUAUUUCUACCUCAACAGUACCUACUAA